AUGACGACUGCUGACCGUUUUGCUUCGGAAUGGCAGCCUAUACUGGGAGUCGUGCACCAUCAACUACAGCGGCCGCAACUGGAGGCUGCUUUUGAUGCAUUUGUUCAGGUUCCUGCCAUUCGCCGUGUCUCGGCAGUCGACAAUGGCAUGCUUGUGAAGGAUAUCAGCUCGACCGAAGUGAUCACUGCCAUUGAGGGCCUUAUCCGGCACAAAGCAGCGGGGAUGGAUGGACUUAAUAACGAUUUUUUAGAGACACUCUGGAGGUCAUGGCUUUUGCUAUGA